AGUUCUUUACCGCAUUUAUGGAGUCUGUGCAUCCGGCAUUCAUGGUCAUCCGGAAGAGUAUCUUUACUGCGCAAUAUCGUCAAUUCUUUAGCCAACCUUCGAAUCCACCGCGGAGAUGGCUUGCCAUUUUGAAUAUGAUAUUCGCUAUUGGUUGUCGAUAUCAACAUCUCGUGGACCCCGCAGGGGAUGAGGACUUGGACGAUGUACUGUACCUGAACCGCGCUAGAAAGUUGGCAUUGAGCGGAAAUGUGCUUUUUGAACAUGCAGACUUACAGCAAAUCCAAGUGGAGUUUCUAGUGGCUUUAUACUUGCUGUCAAUGGGUCAAAUUAAUAGGUAGGUAGGAAGCCGACCUGCGAAGAAGCGCAUAUUAACAAUUCUAGGUCUUUUAAAUUCUCAAGUAUGGCACUUCGAUCAGCUUUAUCACUUGGGAUUAACCUUCGCUUGGUGGAUGGUCGGACACACUACACGUCGAAAGAAGCACGAAGCCGCCUAUGGUGGUCUAUCUAUCUUCUUGAGCAUCAGCUUACGUCCGUCACGGGCCGAGUCUCUUGCGUCAGUGAGAACCUGAGCUCCACGCCACUCCCAGUGCCAUUUGAGGAGGACGCUUUCGGUAAACCGGAGGUUCUUUCUCUUUUCCAGGAUUCAUCCAUGCGUGAAAGCCACCUAAAGCUGACCCUACUCCAAACGGAAGAGGAGGCUCGAUCCAGCGCCGAAUGGUUAUUGACUUGCGAGCCCACCCCAUCUCUGUUUUUCUAUUGCCUGGUGGACCUCACGAGCAUAACUCAAGCUGUGAUGAACAAAGUCUACAGCAUCCAAGCUUUACGCGAGCCCAGUGGCAGGAUUCACCGCCGCAUACGAAAAUACGACAAGACCCUGGAGACCUGGCUGUCCAAGCUUCCCCAGGCUUUUCGAUUCACUAAGUCACAUAGCGAACAAUUUCACGCACCAGCAGUUGAUGAUCCCUUCCAGCGAGAGCGAAUAUGCCUUGCCUUCAACUUUUACAGCGCCAAGAUUACACUCUGCAGGCCGUGCGUCACUCAUGCCAAUCUGAAAGGAAGCUCGUCCCAGUCAGCAAAGACCUCACAUUCCGACCUCCGCAACGAGAUGGCCCUCAGCUGUCUGCGCUCCGCCUGUUCCCUGACCUCCAUCCUCCCCGAGAAACCUGAUAUUUAUUGGUUGGCACGCGUGUCUCCAUGGUGGACGUUCCUCCAUUACUUAAUGCAAGCCAACACCGCUCUACUCCUCGGACUCUCCUGCUGGUCUAUUACCGAGUUGCCCAAGAAAUCCAAGCAUAUUAGCCCAGCGGCCCCACCUGUCAACCCACAAACCAUGCUUGAAGCAUGUAAAAAAGUCAUCCGCUGGCUUCACACCAUGAGCUACACCAAUACUGCUGCACGACGUGCCUUUCUCUUCUGCGAUAGCUUUAUCCGUCGCAUCGCACCGAGUUUGGGCCUGGAUCUUACCGGUCUCCCAGAUGGGGCGUCCUUGCCUUCCAAUAACAACUCUAUCUGGAUGGUGACAGAUGGACCGGAAGAUAUCUGUUAAGCUUUAUGCUCAGUAAGUGAGUUAUUUGGAUGUUGGAGUUGAAUGUUGGCAAAUGGACCCGCAUUAUUUUAUUUUCAUUUUUAGUUAUAUUUCUUCUUUUGGCACGUGCCCAUGACAUUAUGAAACCUGUUCAACUA